UAUUGUGUUCCCUAUCUAGUGCAGAUAGCCGGCUAUGUAAUUUGAUUGAAUUCUGACAAUUCACAAGCGGAAAAGCCACGAGUAUUGGUAGUAACAUUUAUAAAUUGACUUUGACUCGAAAAACGAGGCCUAGCGGGGAAGUCUUGUAAUCAAAAGUUGAACAAUGCAUUGACAUGUCUACAGCACACAUAAGCACGGAAUUCAGUGGGCUUAAAAGAGUGAGUUCAAGUUCUGCAUCGAGUUCCAUAUCAUCCUUCAACUUUUCAUCGGUUUCUGUGUCAUCGAGCUCCUCCUCAUUGCGUGAAAGUGGUAUUGCACCGUUAUUCAUUUCGCUCCAAAAAAAGGAUAAGGGUGCCAUUGUGAUGUCAGCCCAGGUCACACCGAAGAUCUUGGCCAGCAUUAAUUCAAAGGAGUCGAGUCUCAAAGCAAACACCGUACACCACCACGAAAUGGCCGAUCAAGCCAAAGUCAAUGCGUCAUCUCUACCACUGUCAGACGAUCCGCGGACACUGCAAUUGGCGUUGGAACUAUCACUAGUCGGAUUUAACGACAAUCCAACUUGUUAUGCGCAACCUGCUCAACCCCUACCAAUGUCCCUAAGUGCACAAAGUGACUUCGAAAUAGGUACCAUCAAUGGCAUGCCCGCGUUUUCCAAAUCCGACAGCACCCUGCCACUUCCACCGGCACCGAGUUCCCUCCUAUUACCCUGUGCCGGCGCCGUCAGCUUAGAAGAUCGAUCAAAGAAGUCGCAGAACAUGACGGAGUGUGUUCCAGUCCCCAGUUCCGAACAUGUUGCCGAAAUAGUGGGCAGACAAGGUUGCAAAAUAAAGGCUUUGAGAGCUAAAACCAACACUUACAUUAAAACGCCAGUUCGAGGAGAGGAACCCGUGUUCGUAGUAACUGGUCGAAAGGAAGAUGUGAACAAGGCUAAGCGAGAAAUACUUUCCGCUGCUGACCACUUCAGCUUAAUACGGGCAUCACGUAAGCCUAUUAGUGACGGUCACAGUGGCGGAAUCGUUGGAAGUGCGAGUGGAUCUGGAGGUGGUGCAGUGCCGCGCAUGCAGUCAGGUCCCCCAUGUAUGCCUGGACAGAUCACCAUUCAGGUACGUGUACCUUACCGGGUGGUUGGACUUGUUGUUGGGCCUAAAGGUGCUACAAUCAAACACAUUCAACAAGAGACUCAAACUUACAUUGUAACACCAUCGCGCGAAAAGGAACCAAUUUUUGAAGUGACUGGCUUGCCAGACAAUGUAGAUACUGCACGUAAGCAGAUAGAAGCUCAUAUCGCCCUUCGAACUGGGACUGGAUCUGGAAGUGUUGAUGGUAAUACUAUGCAAGGUGGUGAGCCGGUUGAGGCGAACGAGUUUGCGACUCUGCCGACAAUAAAUUCAUUAACCCAAAUACUAAAUGAUGAUUUGAAUUCCGAAAUUUUGUCGUCUAUAUACAAAAAUGCAAUUCCAUCUGCACAGGACUAUGCAAAUACUACAAUAAAGAUUGCUGGGAACGGUGGCCUUUCCGUGAAGCCCAUGCAAGCCCAUCAUACUGGCAAUUGCUUUCAAAAAACAGAGUUUUCUGAUAUGGAAAUGGCACAAACUAUAAAGGCAACAGAAAUAUCAGAUAAACAUCUUCCGGGAAAUGAAGUUUCCAUGCCAUUAGCUAAGGCUAAUGUUGUAUUCCGUAAUACGCCUAGUAAAGCAUUAUCCUUCUGUCCUCCCACACCAACAUCAGCAUCGAUUCAUUCGAACUCUAAUGCGAAUAUUUUAACAAGAUCUUGUUCAUCUGCUUCUUCAACAACUUCAACAAAGAGUACCAACAAUAGCGCCAACACACCUCCAGAAAUAUUAAAUAUAUGGAAAAAUAUAAGUGAUUCAAUUGACGUCGACGAAGGUAUAGGGGAUUCGCCUAGUAUUUGGAACCAACAGGGGAAUAUUAUACCCACAGCACACUGCUCACCCACAAUCUCAAUUAGUCCUACGGACUCGCUCUUAGGAUUGGGUGAGCAUUCUGUAAAUCAAAAAAAUCUGCAUCAGACUAAAGAGCCUACUAUAUGUAACAACAAGCAAAAGACCCAAGCCAUUCAAUUGCAACCGAACCCGGAUAAAUUUAUGAUUCACCGCGAAUGUUUUGUUUGUAAUGAAAAUGAUGUUACCACUGCUUUGGUUCCUUGUGGCCACAAUAUGUUUUGCAUGGAAUGCGCAAAUCAAAUAUGUAUUUCUAUGGAAGCAGUUUGUCCGUGAAAUUUCAAACGGCAUAUUACGUGCGUAAAUCCCAAUUGAAAACUAGCCAAAUAAUUUUUCGCAUAAAAAAGACAUUCACGAAAAAAGGUAAUUGAAAAUAUAUUGGAUCUAAAAAGUACACGUUAUAACACUAAUUCUCUGAAAAAUAAAAAUUGACUGAUAAAUAAGCAUAAAUAUUAAGAUCAGCACGUAACAUAUAUUAUAUCCAUAGAUAAAGUCAGAUACAAAUAGAUAUAUAUACUUAAAAUUACGAUGUAUGACCCACAUGUGACAACUACCUUAAUAAAGCUUACGAUUAAUGUGAAUAAAAAGACUUAUACAUUUAUAGUCAAUCAUAUUUAAUAUUUAUAAUACAAUGUAAAUUGCGCGUAAUGUUAGAAAAGCCAAAUAGUUCUGUUUGAAAUUGGAUGUUUUAUAUCAAAAAUUAUGUUAUACCUGUGUUAUUAACAUUUUGUACUGUGUCCCAAAAUUAUAUUAAUCAAUCUAGUCCAAAUAUUUGUAAUAGAGGCUGGCUUACAUAUUUUUAAAUGUAUAUAAUUUUUAUAUUAAAUCUGUAAGGUCAAAAAUUCAAACGAGUGAGACUAAUAAAGUAUAUUGAGCGCGCAAAAUGAACAUUUUACAUUAUUUUAUAAACUAGAACUAGAAAAAUUAUUUCAUACAAUAAAUUAUUAAAAAAUGAGCAUUUAUAUAUAUACUAUAUACCAAAUAGAAAUAUAAUAUAUAUAUGUAUAUAUAUAUAUAGUAAAUAGGUUUAUAUAUACUAUAUAUAAAUACACAUAUAUAUAUUAUUUAGCUCUAACAAAUAUUGUUCGUAAGGUAGCAUACUAUUGUAAGAAAUUCAAUGCGUUCUCAUAUAUACGAAGAAUCAGUAUUUCACAACAAAAUAUCUAGAUAUAUUAGUGCGUAAUAUUUAAUAACACAGUUUUUGUUUAAAAAAGAUCUAGGGUGCUUGUUUAAACUUAUAAUAAACUUGAACCGCAAAAAUGUUUGAUGAAAGAGUAUACAUAUAUACUUUUUUCAAUAGAUAAUCUUUACCGUUGAUAAAAAAUAAACAGAGUAAUGAAUACAUUAUACCAAAAUUCAAAUGAGAAAUUAAUAUUACCCUAACAUUCGAGUUUAAAAAAUUUAUAUUUUAGAAUACUUACGGUCCCUGGUUGUAAUUGCUGAAUUUAAAUGUGUUAGUCAGCGCAACAACAAUUCAAAAAUAUAUAUUUUACACAGCCUAAUGACCUGAGAAUAAUGAACGGACGAAACACUAUUAAAACAAUUACAUUUGUAAUGUUAUGGGUAAAGCUGCAAUUAAAGAGAUUUAUUAGCCUUCAAAUGCUAUUUUCGAUUCCAGAGAAGUUAAAGAGUGUAAGCCACUUUAUUAAAAUGUUUCCCUUAAAUGUAUGUUAUUUUCAAAAAAAUUAGUUUUCUUGGUUGUAUUUUACCGUCACAAAUCAGAAAGAAGUUCUAUAACUCAGGUCGACAAAAAAGUCCAAAAUUAAAGGCUACAAAAUCUGAAAGGACUUUACCUGUAGAUUACGACCCCAAACUUAGAAACUUUUAGAAGUACCAAAUUUUCGAUUUGUAGCCUCUUUUACGGCUUAAUAACGGCUAAACCAUUCGUAGCCCAGAACCAGAAUAUAUUAUAGCUGAAACUGUAGAUUUUGUAGCGUUUAGUCUCGGCUUAAAAAAGUUUAGGCUUUGUCGAUCUGUGUUAAUGCUUACUGAUUAUAAAUUUUCAGAGGCAUUUAAAGAACCCUUUCAAUAAAUGCAUAUAUAAAGAAGUAUAAUCAAUGCAUUAGGAUACGUAAAUAAGCCGUAAAUGUUAUUUCUUUAAAUUUGUAUAUGAAAUAAACAAAAUUGAUGAAGGCUCCAACAAUAUUUUGACUCCUUUAAAACUAUCUUUUAAGAAAUGUGUACAUACGUACAUACAAACGGGAGGCAAAUAUUUUUUUACACAGUUUGUAAGGUUUUACAUUUAACUUAUUAUAAUUGGCAGCUAAUGUAUUUACAACGAAUAUUUUACAAUGCGAACGAAAGAGUACUUUUAGAAAGAAAUAAAAACAAAUAAAAAACACCGAAUUAAACAAAUUUGGUGGAUAAAUAAAUAAAUUUAUGUCUAUAAAAUAUAUAUUUAUUUAUCUAAUGUAAUACAAAAAUAUAGAUUUAAAGUAAGCUCCUCAAUACCAUAAAUAAUAUAUACAAUAUAAAAAUAUCCAUAUUGUGUUCGAAAGAAAAUAUAAUAUCUUAAAAUUACAUUUCAUAUAUCGACUUUAAUCGGCAUACUCUUUUUACUGAUUAGUAUUCACAUUUAAAAGCCGACUUGAAAGCCGAGGCCCCUAAAUUUAUGAGAAAUAUUUAUGCAAAUAUAAGUAUAUAUAUAUAGUAAUGUAUCACUAAAUGGUUAUAUAAUAAAUUUUUCGGAGAUAAACAAAUAUUUUUUCUUAUAAGUAGAGGAGAGGAUUGGUAGGGGCAGAUAAUUUGCAAUAAAUUUGCUUGGGUAAAAAGUGCUUAGGUCUUACUUACGUAGGUUGGAUUUUAAAAAUCUGAGUAUAUACAUAUAUAUUUAUCGAUUUAAAGUUGGACGUUCAGGUCUACUUACGCGUCUUCAUUUUUUAAGGAUAUAGAUUUAAACAAAAAUUUAACAAACUAAAAAAAACUCUAUUGUCGAGUGCCUUAACUAUGAUACCCCAAUACAUAUACAGGGUAUUUAAUUCACUUUUUCAACGCGUCGCACUUUACCACAAACCGUUUCUAUAAAUUUAUAAUGGGAACCGAAUUCUGCUUGGUAGAAACAUAUUAGAUUGGGGCUGGUAAAAAUGGAAGAAGGAUUAGUUAACUGAC